CAAGCGGCCCUCCAGACUCCCGUAUAGCCUGACAGCGGUAGGAGCUCUGUCCUCUCUCGAUAUACUUGUAGUUUAUCGAAGCUCACUGUCACUUUUAAUCAGUUAAGAUAAAUAAGUUUUUGCUAAGAAGAGUGCAACGGACAGACCCCCCCCCUGUCUACUCGAAGUUCAAGUUUUACCGAUACUCGAGAGAGAGAGAGAGAGAAGCGGCCAAAAACGUUCGUUAAGAGUUCACAACAAGCCAAUACGUAAACAUGACGCUGAGGACGACUUUCUUCAUUUCGGUCAUCGGACUCAUGGUGGCCACGCGAGUUCUAGGAUAUCCGUCCCAGGAAAGACUCAUGCCAGACGGAGCUCCUGUUCCCGCAGAACCAACCGACCAUGAGGACUCGGUAGCCGCCGCAUCGGAAACGGAAAACGACGAGUACGACGACUCGGACAUGUACAUGGAACCGGAUGGGGCUGAAACGAUUCCCAAAGAUCAAGCAUCCGCCUCGGCUCAUCACAUCUCCGACGAAGAAGCCGUCGCGAUUGUCGACGAGACCUUGCCCAAGGUCAUCGGAAAGAUCGAAGAACAGACGGAAGUGAUUCCCGAAACGGCCCCCAUACGAAGAGAUUUUUCGGUCGACAAAAGCCUCGAGUCUGAGAGCCAGAAUUUCUUCCCAAGUUUCGCGCAGUUGUUUUCUAAUCACAGAUUAUCGUUCGAAGAACAACAGCAACAACAACAUUACAGACCCAACAGGUUCCUAGGUUAUUUUCAGAGGGAAAGCGGAGGUUACGAAGCUGCCGCCAGUGAACAUCCCCAUCCUCUUCUGGGAUCGGGAAACUUCGGAGUGAUUCGAGGAGGGACUUAUUACAGCGAUGAAAAGGACAAGGACGAGUACUCCGUGGGCGAGACGCUCUACAACCCCUAUUUCCAUGGGUUGAAUUCGAAAGCUAAGCAGAAUUAUUACAGGAAUCCUAAACCGCAACCGGUUCACGGUGGUGACUUUUUCGCAAACUUCCGAGACUUCGCCGAUAUAACGGCGCCGCCGAAGUCGAGCUUUUCUCACCUCUCGGUUGUGUAUGCCAACAAAAAUGGCACCAGAGGACGAGUUACCGAACCGAGAAACAUCAUCGAGACACUCAGAAUGCUCGAGGAGGAGACGGAGGCUACGACCACCGAAAUCCCUCAGAAGAAGCUCAGCAACGGAAAGCGGAAGCUGAUGAAACUGAAGAAGUACCAAGACGACAAGACCAGGAAGUCGCGCAUGACCACCGAGCCACUACUCGCUUUAAGUUGAGCCUGAGACUGAAGGUAUAGGCUAUGAGACCUCUGAGGAUGAGGGGGUGAGAAGAUCCGCCAAGGGACGAGUCCCACGAUUAACAAACUGGCCUUGAUCGGAACCAAAGUCUGACUCUUCGACCUCGACUUUAAAUCCGUACGAGGUAAACGCAUUUCGAGAUGAAACGCGAGUCGAGAGUUUCAUACGUCUGAAAUAAAAAAGCUCCAAAACUAAAAUCCGACGAAGUAGGGAAAUUUAGAUUUUUAAUUAUGUCCUAACUGUUUUUCGAAUUUUGCACUUGACUGGAGAAAUUUUUGUCACGGAUUUACACAGCCCCGUCGCUGACCCAGUAUUUCGAGAAUACGAGAUUCUGAAAUCAACGACGAACUCUUGACCUCGCGAUAAAUUUAAGCUUACAAUUAGUAAAGUAAUAUGUACCUUCUUAACACGUCAUCUAUGUAUCAUUGAAAAACAUUUAUUCUUUGGAAUGGACUUUCUCGGUAUUACCCUAUACCUGGACGGAAGUCCGUAGCGAAGAUGUUCACCAUGUCAAAUCGACGCCUGGACCAAAAUCGAUAUUUGUAAUAAUGACUAUCUAGUAAAAUUAAUCGCAAAUAAUUUUGUAUUAUGGUGUAGACGUCGGUGAUUUGUUAUUGUAUACCUAUAUAUAUAUAUAUAUUUUUCGUUGUUGACUAUUGUAGCGUGACUAUAGAGUUACAUGAUAAUGAAAACGGUAAAUGAGAAAAAGAAAAUGAAAAACACCUAUGUGAGAAAAAUGAAGUGGUUUAAUAAAAACUAUACAUAUUUUCUAA